AUGCUGCAGCUCUGCUCCAGCGCAUCCCUCGGACUCGGCCUCUCGCCCAACGCGUGCCUGCUACCGCACCACCCGAUCAGCGGGCCCGCGCUCGUGGAGCCAGACGUCUUUGAGGAGGCGCUCACUCGCAGCAAGACAGACGACCCGCGGGGCGCUCUCCUACGGGCCCCGAUGCGCAAGCCGACCGCAGAGGCGCCGUCGAGGCCAGGGCCUCGAAAGCGUCGCGCCUCCGCGCCUGUGAAAAUGGUCGCCGACUCUCCUCUCUGCGACGCAGAGUGCGCCGCCGAGCUAGCGGCCAAGGCCAAGGCGAUUGCAGAGGCGUCCGCUCCGGCACUCGAGUCCGCGGUUAGGGCGGCGCCUGCGGUGGCGGGCACGGCGGCGCAGGUGGCGGGCACCGCAGCGACGGGUCUCUUCAAGCUGGGCUGGAAGGGCGUCGAGGUCGCGGCUCCAGUUGUGGUCGAAGGCACAAAGGCGGCCAUCCCGGUGGUGGCCGAGGGAGCCAAGGCGGCGUCGCGCGCGCUGGAGGACCCCGCCUCGCUGGACCUGGCGGGCACGCUCACGUCUGUGGAGCUUCCGACGGCGGGAGAGGUCGUCGAGGGGACCAGCGGCAACACCCUGCUUGGGCACGCUCCGUGGGUGGAGGCGAUGCCUGAGCCCUCUCGGAACGCUGCUCUAGGCUUCCUCUCCUCCUCCUUUGGCGUGGCGCUCAUUGACGCGGCGCCGUACGCCAUCGGCGCAGCAGUGCUGCUCGCCGUCGCGCAGGCGGCGCUGGCGAGCCUUAAGGACGCGGCGGCGGCGGCGCUGCCGCCCAUCGCGGCCACGGUUGCGGCCGGCUUGGGCGCCUACGCGGCGCUGCAGGCAGGUUUCGUUUCGCUGCCUGACCCGGCCGCCCUCGCCAUCCCUGCCCUCGCCAUCUGCGGAGGGAGCAACUACGUUGGUGUGCAUGAUGUGAUGUGCAUGUGGUAUCCGCCUUGGACCUUUGAUGUUUUUGACCUUUUGCACGCCCUGCAUCCCCCAAAAAACGCACAUGGUCACAGCUAA